UUUCUAGUUUCGUAUUCUGGUUUGAGAGUUUGUCAAUUGCAACAUGAUGGCGGCUGGAGGAGGUUUUACGUUUGGACUAUCUCCAGCUCCAGCAUUCGGUGCCACAAGCACAGGAUUCGGUGGUGCUAGCCAAGGAACUACAAGUGGGUUUUCCUUUGGAGGUUCUACCAAUGCUGCACCUGCAACUGGUGGUUUCUCUUUUGGCGGUGCUACCAAAACGACAACAGCUGCAACUGGUGGUUUCUCUUUUGGCAGCGCUGCCAAAACAACUGCUGCCACUGGUGGAUUUUCCUUUGGUUCUUCCACACCGUCUUCAAGUGGAUUUGGUGCUACUCCUAGUACAGGGUUUUCUUUUGGUGUAUCACCAGCCACUACUACCACGGUCCCAAACCAGGGAGCAACUGCAACAGGUUUUUCCAUGGGUGGACAAACAGCAACUCCGGCUCCAGCUAUGGGAGGAUUUUCUUUCAACACGCCAACUUCUAACCCAGCACCAACAGGAUUUUCCUUAGGCUCCUCUGGUACAACUGGUUUCGGAACAACCAGUGGCGGAGGUUUUAGUUUCGGAACUCCUGCAGCUACAACAGCAGCAGCAGCUACAAGUGGGACAACUGCAAAUACUGGGUUCUCUUUCGGUAAUCCAGCUUCUACUGGAGGGUUUGGUAACCCGGCGUCUACCGGAGGGUUUGGGUCAUUUGCUGGAACAGCAGCACCACCACCAGCAGCAACAACAACAACUGCUAGUAAUUGGCUUCUUGGUGCAAAACCACAGAGCACUGUAGCUCCAACUACUAAUACACUAGGAUCUGGUACAACUGGAAGCUUCUUUGGGCAACAGCCAACUACCAGUGGUCUUGGAGGUUUUGGAACUACAACGACAACAUCAUCACCACUAUUUGGAAAUUUUUCUUUUGGUAAAACAACAGCUGCUACAGGUCUAACAAGCACCGCGCCUGCAACUGGUUUUUCUUUCUCUGGUUUGAGUGGUCCUGCAACUACCAGUGCUGGUUUUGGUGUGCAAUCUUCAACACUUGGAGGCAGCAGUGGCUUCGGUCUUGGAACUUCAGGUUUUGGCUUGUUUUCAACCACAACAAGCACAACAUCUAUUACAGGCAGCAUUCCUAGUUCUCAAAUAGCUUCAAAAGGCUUGGGCGGUGUUGAUCCAAAAGUGUCCAUUGCAGCUUCAGAUGGAACUGGACCUAAUGGUAAACAAGCGAAUUCCAAAGUUUUGAAAGAAACACAAUUACCACAGCAGCUGCUAGUUUGUGUAGAACCCCUAAAAAAAUAUAUAAAAUCAGAGAAAGCUAUACGAGAAAACAUUUCUCGAAUGUCUACAAAAUCUAUGAUAAAGGUACAGACAGACCUAACAGCAUUGCGACAGAUCCUUGGAAGUGUGUCUAAUGGUGUACAGAGGAAUGCUGUGUUGAUUGAAAAACUGAAGAAAGAGUCAGUACAGGAACUGAAAAAUACUGAAAUGGGUCAACGAACAGAAGAUAUGUCUGCUGUUCUUCAAGACGAGAAUGUUGCCCCAACUGAAUAUUUUCAGAGUCUCUUUGAAGAUUUUGAAAUCCAGAUGAAAGCCUAUAAAGGUGAAAUCCAGAACUUGGAGAGUCACAUCCUUUCCCUACAUCAACCAAGUAGGCUCUCUCCUGAAGAAUUAACAAUGUUGCUUCACAAAUCACAUGAAAAUUUCCUUGCACUUGCAGCCCACUUUCACCAAGUUCAUGAAUCUGUAAAAACUUUAAAAGAGAAAUACCUGAAUUAUCGACGUAUAUUCCUCGGAGACACGAAAGAUGUGUUUGAAAGCAAACGGAAGUUAACAAAACGUUUGGAGAUUCCCGGCAUUGAAUCUCAGCAAGGACCAAACCCCUUCACAGGGUUCCCCAGCACCACUGCAAUUGCUCUUGCCGCUGCUCUUAGUCGUAACCAACAGGCUCCUUCUGGACCACCCAAUAUUGGUCUUGGUACAAACACUCUUGGUCAACACAGGUGUUUUGGUACCCCAUUCAAUAAUCAGGGUAGUUUGUUUGGAAAUGCAGGCACUGGCACUACAUUUGGAACAAAUAUGAACAAUACUAGUCUAUUUGGAAACACUACUGCCAAAACAGGAUUUUCAUGUUUUGGCCAAGGCUCCACUAGUGGCUUUUCCUUUGGUUCCAAUACUGCUGCUGUGAAACCUCUAGGAACGAUCCUCAACACACCAGGAAGUCUAUUUGGUACAUCAGGAAGCACAACAACACAGUCGGGGCUACUCGGUACACAACCCAACACUGCAACUGGAGCAACAUUCUCAUUCAAUAAUCUGUCGACAACGCAACCCAACUUUGGAACCGGAGAUGGACAACAGUUAGCUGGAGGCCAGAACAGAGCUUUUCAAUUACAAAAACCACCUCCACCAGCCAGUAAGCGAGGCAAACGGUAAUGUUUAACAAUGUAAAGCUGAGCCAGCUGACAAAGCACAUUUUGUACAUACAUAAAAAAUGUUUGACUAUUUCUACUAUCAUCCACAUUAAUAAUUUAAUAAUACACUGAAUUCUAACUUUGUUUUUAAGAUAAUUAUAUGUAAAAGUAAAAAAAAAAAAAUACAAUACUUUUCUGUGUUAUUUUUAUAUUUAAAAACAAAAUUACUCAGACAUUGUAUCUUCUUCCUCACGGAAUCCAUUUGACUUCAUCUGUAAUUUUUGCCAUUUGUCAUUAAACAUCUCAACAAUAAAAACAACUUUUAACAACA